AUGGAAACCAUGGCCAAAGAGCAUAACAAGAAGGAUCUGAGGGCGGCUGAGGCUGAGGUGAAGCGCCUCAGGAAGGACUUUGCUGAAUACAACAAGUCGGAGGUAGGGAAGAACCUCCUGGCGGACACCGUGAUUGACACGGUGAAGAUCCUUCAUGAGAAAUUCAGCAAGGAUCAUCCUGAGGUGGAGUGGGACUCCAUGGCCUUGAUCAUGCAUAUCCUCAACUUCAUGGAUAGCGGCCGCAAGGCUAGUGAGUUGGAGCCCAUUGCGGGGCUGGAAGUCCCUUCGCCAGCGGCCGAAGGAGAAGAGGCGGAUGAGGAGGAAGAAGAAGGCGCGGAAGAUGAUGAAGGCGUAGAGGGUGAGGAGGAAGAAGGCAAAGGUCAGGUGGAUGGAGAGAGGGGCCUCCCCGAGCCACAGGGGACGCCCGAGGGUGCGGUGCAAAGUGAGGAAGAGUGA